AAUAGCAUCACACCAUUCACAGCGGGGAGAAACUGUACACGUCUUCUCUGUGUGGACGAGGCUUCAACUGAUCAUCAAACUUGGAGAGACACAGGGACACCUGCACCGUGGAGAAACCGUGGAAAUGUGAGGACUGUGGGAAAGGAUUCAAUUGUCCAUCCAAACUGGAAAUCCAUCGACGCAGUCACACUGGGGAAAGGCUGUUCACCCUGCUCCAAGUGUGGGAAGGUAUUCAAGUGGUUAUCCCACCUGCUGAGACACCAGCAAGUUCACACUGGAGAGAGACCAUUCACCUGCUCCCAGUGCGGGAAGGGAUUCACUCGGUCAUCCCAUCUGCUGAGACACCAGCAAGUUCACACUGGAGAGAGACCAUUCACCUGCUCCGAGUGUGGGAAGGGAUUCACUCGGUCAUCCCACCUGCUGACACACCAGCGAGUUCACACUGGAGAGACACCAUUCACUUGCUUCCAGUGUGGGAAGGGAUUCACUCAGUCAUCCCACCUGCUGAUACACCAGCGAGUUCACACUGGAGAGAGACCAUUCACCUGCUCCGAGUGUGGGAAGGGAUUCACUCGGUCAUCCCACCUGUUGACACACCAGCAAGUUCACACUGGAGAGCGACCAUACACUUGUUCCCAGUGUGGGAAGGGAUUCACUCGGUCAUCCCACCUGUUGACACACCAGCAAGUUCACACUGGGGAGAGACCGUUCACCUGCUCUGAGUGUGGGAAGGGAUUCACUCGGUCAUCAAACCUGCUGACACACCAGAGGCUUUACACUGGGGAAAGACCAUUCACCUGCUCCCAGUGUGGGAAGGGAUUCACUCAGUCAUCCCACCUGCUGACACACCAGCAAGUUCACACUGGAGAGAGAGCAUUCAACUGCAUGGUAUGUGGGAAGGGAUUCACUGGCUCUUCUAACCUACUGACGCACCAACAAAUUCACACUGAGGAAAGGCCAUUUAGUUGUACUUCCUGUGGAAAGAGAUUCAGGACUUUAUUCAACCUCAAAGUGCACCAGCGAAUUCACACUGGGGAGAGGCCUUUCGCCUGCUCUGAGUGUGAGAAAGGAUUCACUCAGUCAUCCCACCUGCUGAAACACCAGCGAAUUCACACAAGGAGAGGCUGUUCACCUGUACUUCCUGUGGAAAAGGGAUUCAGCCUUCAUUCCGCCUCAGUGUACACCAGUGAAUUCACAUUGGAGAGAGACCAUCCACCUGCUCCGAGUGUGGAAAGGGAUUCACUCAUUUAUCCAACCUGUUGAGACACCAGCGAGUUCACACUGGGGAGAGGCUGUUCACAUUCUCCGAAUGGAGGAAGGGAUUCACUUGGUCAUCCCA